AUGAGCACUGCACGCAGAGAGGAGGCAGCCGAGACCUCGGGGCCCGCAGAGCAAAAGAGGAGACCCGGGAGACCCAGGUCCCACAAGAAUCCCAGUGGAGAUCCCCUCCCAAAGAGACAGAGGGGCCGUCCCAAAGGAAGCAAGAACAAGGGACCACCCAAGGCAGCAACCAAGAUGUCUGAGGCGAGCGCGGAGAAGAGACCACGAGGACGACCCAGGAAGUGGCCUCAGCAAGACAUCCAGAAGACCUCUGCUCAGGGUUCUUAA